AUGGACUCUCAGAACCGGGCCGCGUUGGAUAUUUCCACCAAAAACCCUCAGGAUGACUUUGAGAUUCUUCACAGGGUCGGCGGAGGGACCUAUGGCGAGGUCUACAAGGCUCGGAAUUAUCAAAGCGGGGAGAUGGCAGCUAUUAAGAUCAUCAAGAUGGAACCAGAGGAUGAUUUCUCCGUCAUUCAGCAAGAGAUAGUGAUGGUCAAGAGUUGCAAACAUCGAAACAUCGUGGCAUAUUACGGCAGCUACAUCAGGGCGAAUAAACUAUGGAUCUGUAUGGAGUAUUGUGGUGGGGGAUCUCUGCAGGAUAUCUAUCAUGUGACGGGGCCUCUCUCAGAGCUGCAGAUAGCCUACGUCUGCCGGGAGAUGCUGCAGGGUUUAGACUACCUCCACGGACAGAAGAAGAUCCACAGAGACAUUAAGGGUGCCAAUAUUCUUCUGAAUGACCAGGGUGAGGUUAAAUUAGCGGAUUUCGGGAUCUCAGCACAAAUCACAGCCACAUUUGCACGGCGGAUGUCAUUCAUUGGGACUCCAUACUGGAUGGCGCCGGAGGUGGCGGCUGUGGAGAUCAAGGGCGGCUAUAAUGAGCUCUGCGAUAUUUGGUCAGUCGGUAUCACUGCUAUCGAGUUGGCCGAGUUACAGCCGCCUUUGUUCGAUGUUCAUCCACUGAGGGUGCUGUUUCUCAUGUCUAAGAGUGGUUACCAGCCACCCAAACUCAAGGACAAGGCCAAAUGGUCCACCAUGUUCUAUAACUUUGUGAAGUCAAUGCUCAUUAGAAAUCCCAAGAAGAGACCAAGUGCCAAGAAGAUGUUGACGCAUCUGUUUGUGACCCAGCCAUGUCUAAGGCAGGAACUGACUCUGGAGUUACUGGAGAAGCUCAGGCAUCCAGACAAACUCAGAGAAUGUAUUCAACCUGAGGAGGACGACCUCGAGAUCAUUGUCCCAAGUUCACUGAGGCGAAUUCACUCCAUCAAUCGGCAUAACCAGGCAGAGAGGACCAACUCCGACAUCAGCUUGGAUCAGAUUUACACAAGGAGGCCAGUCAGUAUGAAGAAUGAAUCUCCAGAGGGAACGUUACGACCCUCAGUCAGAUGUCAGUGGCAGGGCUCCCCUGUCACUCCACCCAGAAUGCCAGUCAGAGAUGAAAGCACAGACUCCGAUGACUAUGACGACGUGGAAAUCCCUCCUCAUAACUUCACCAGCGAAACACUCCCAGAGGAUGAUACUCCCCCUCCUCUCCCGCCUAAGCCUAAGAUUCGUACCAGUUCUGAAGAGAGUAUGGCUGGAGAACCACCUCCUCCUCCGCUACUCCGGACGUCCAGCGGAACACAUACCCGCCCCGUGCCACGCCCGCGAUCCGUCCGCAACACAAACUCGGAUCCCUCCUCCUUCUCUGGGUAUAAGUGUGAGAGUUCACUGGAGCCCCUGCCACCUCAACUGCCACCAAAGAGAGACAAGGGACGUCGCCAGGCCCCACAGGAACCAUCUGAUUGUAGUGCAGCGUCAAAGAAACCUCCAAUUUUCUUCAGAAAGGUCUUCCAUGGUUGUCCUUUAAGAAUCAACUGUUCAACCACGUGGGAUCACCCCACUACCAAGGAUCACCACCUCAUCCUUGGUGCUGAUGAAGGCAUUUUCACUCUAAACCUCAAUGGUUCUGAGGCCACUAUGGAACUGCUAUAUCCUGGGAAGUGUACAUGGCUCUACACCAUUAGCAAUGUUCUUAUGUCUGUGUCAGGAAAGUCCUCCCAGCUCUACUCCCACUCUCUGAAGGAGCUGUACGAACAGGCGCGGAAAGAGCACCGGAUGGUUGCCCUGCCAACCCACAGACUGUUGCCUAGGAAGUUUGCCAUCACCAGUAAAGUACCAGACACCAAAGGUUGCAGGACCUGCUCAGUGGCCCAGAACACCCAGAGUGGAUGUGUGUUUCUGUGUGGAGCACUGGAGUCCAGUGUGGUGCUGUUGCAGUGGUACGAGCCAAUGCACAAAUUCAUGCUUAUCAAGCACUUUGACUUCCCAUUGCCCAAUCCGUUGCGUGUGUUUGAGAUGGUGGUGGUCCCAGAUCAGGAGUACCCCGUGGUGUGUAUUGGGAUGUCCAGGGGUCCCUGCCCCUCUCAGCCCAUUCUGAUGGAGAUCAUCAACCUCAACUCAAACACCUCCUGGUUCACAGACACUGGAUUAGAGAACCGCAGUGCUGAGAGAGUCCAAGUCAAUCAGUUAGACCAAGGCACACUGCUGGUCCUCAUUGAGAAGUCAGUCCACAUUGUGAACCUGGAAGGGAUGGCAAAAAGUCACAAGAAACAGACAGAAACCAGCUUUGCCAUGGACAUUGAGGCUGUGGUGUAUUUUGAAGACACAUUGCUGGGUGUGUGGCGUCAUGGUUGGCAAAGAAGAGGAGAGAACAUUACUGAAAUCUUGCAGGAGAUCACAGAUCAGAGAAAAAUAUAUCGCUUAGUCGGAUCAGACAGGAUGGUCGUCUUGGAGACGCGGCCGUGCGAGGACCAGUCAGGACUGUCUAAUCUGUAUAUUCUGGAGAUUGCUGAGAACUUGGUCCCACUGCCCUGAGUAAACUGGAGUCAGUCCCACCCAUGCCCUCACGCGCACACACACACAAACCCACACCAAACUGUGACCUUUCAAAUCCCUUGGGUGGAAGCUCAAGGCUACAGACUGAAC